AUGACGGGACGGGAUGGGCUUUUGGAUGGGCGCUCCAGGAGUAGAGCCCUGGCGCCAGGCUGUCCCCCCACCGGCUCUCGCCUUCGAAGCUUCGCCAUCAACGACCUGCUGGGAUUGGAGGCAGACCUGCCGACCCCAGCGGAGCCUGGGCUAAGAUCCAACUGUGAAGCUCCAGCCGAGGCAACAGGGCCAGGACCCGGGCCGGGACUCUGCGGCUCCUGCCCUGCUCGCGGAGCUCUCCCGCUGGGCCUGGGCCUCCUCUGCGGCUUCGGGGCACAGCCCCCUUCCGCGGCCGCCGCUCGCGCACGCUGCCUACUGCUCGCCGAUCUGCGGCUUCUGCCGCCUGCAGGACCCGAGCCUGCCGUCGCCCAGAGCCCGGUCCACCCGCCGCCUGCGCUCGGCAGCCAGCAGCGCAGUGAGAACAUCUCCACGUCGGAUGGGGACAGUCCGUCUGAAGAAAAGAAUGACCCGAAGAUGUCCCUUACCCUGGGCAAGAGGAAGAAGCGGAGACACAGGACGGUUUUCACUGCCCAUCAACUAGAAGAACUGGAGAAGGCGUUUGGCGAGGCCCACUACCCUGAUGUGUAUGCUCGGGAGAUGCUGGCUGUGAAAACAGAGCUCCCGGAAGACCGGAUACAGGUCUGGUUCCAGAACCGGAGGGCCAAGUGGCGGAAGCGAGAGAAGCGCUGGGGUGGCAGCAGUGUGAUGGCUGAGUACGGGCUCUACGGAGCCAUGGUGCGUCACUGCAUUCCACUGCCGGACUCCGUGCUCAACUCUGCAGACAGCCUGCAGGGCUCCUGUGCACCCUGGCUUCUGGGGAUGCAUAAAAAGUCUACAGGGAUGAGGAAACCUGAAAGUGAAGACAAGUUGGCAGGACUCUGGGAGUUGGACCAUCUCAGAAAGGGUGCUAAUAAGGAUGAGGAUGGACCUGAGAGGGGACCAGGCGAAGCGAGCCUGAACCCCGAGGGCAGCUUGGAAGAUGUGGCCAUUGACCUGUCCAGCUCUUCCAGGCAGGAGACUAAGAAAAUGCCCUCAGGGUCCAGUACUCAGGGACCUUCCCUUGCCCCAGGGCCGCAGGUGCUCCAGCCCCCACAGGUGGGAGCCUCAUGA